GUACGUGCUACAGGUGCGAUUAGUUUUAAACCGAAGUUUUUUCGUCACAGUCGUGCAUUUUGAGUGUGUAAUUAAACAUUAGCUUUUUAAUGUCUAUCGAAAGACAAAAAAAAAUUCAGCUGACUCGUUGGAGCAUUUGAAUUCAUCAAUUAAAAAAACUUGUUUUUCGUCAGAGACUCUGCGCUAAUCCAACGUGAAUAAUAAAAACAAAAAUUUUUGUUGUUACGAUUUUGUUGAUGACCUGGAGUCGGUUGUGAUUUUAGUUCUGCGUCGCUUUCAUUGAGCGAGUUUGAGAAAAGUUAAUUAUUUUUGCUUUGUUAUCGAGAGAGUGCUUUCAUAUGCUAAAUAUUCGGACCUUCCCCGGCGGACAAAAGUUUUAAUUUCAAUUCAACUAACGUUUGAAUCGGUAACAAACCUCUGUGUGUAUAAGGUGCUGACGUUUUGGGUGUUUAACUUUUAAACUAAAUUAUCAUUUUUGUGUGUUGGUUUUACCAAAUUGUUGGAUGCGAUACAUUGUUCUAAUGUCUGGAUACAUGAUACGGUCAACGCACAAUUAUUAACAGAUUGAUUCAUACUCCAUCCGAAAUAAUGUUGGGUGCUGUCAACAAUGGCUUCAAUGAGGAAAGUUCCUAUUCCUCCAAAGCCACAUUCGAAAUUGCCGAGGUUGAGGUGAAUGAUACCGACAAGAAGAGUGAAUCAAAAGUGGCACAAACCUUUAAGAAACUGAAACUGCUCAUAGCCCGGCAUCCAGUGUUUCUAUCUCGAAUAAAAGUAUUAUUCAUAAAUGUGAUAGCGGUGGGAUUUCUGGCGUGGGCAACAUAUCAUUUCAUUGAUUCAAAGAAUCGGCACGAAGCAUCCACAGAUGUACGGCAGAGCAAUGAAACGGAAGAGGAUCGAAUAUGCGGUGUCGAAUAUUGCGGCAUUCAAUGGUGUGACGGCUAUGGAAUGCUCUUAAUUGUGUACGGGUUCGUUUAUGUGGGAGUAUUCUAUUACCUGAUAAAGCGACUGUUUGGAAAGCAAAUUUCGGAAAGUUUUGUGCCCAUGCGAAAACUGAUCGACAAGGUCUUCAGUGUUCGGUUAACGAAAAUGACAUUAAUCGGUGUGGCGCUAGCUGCGUUCGCUGUAUUCUUAGCCUUUGAUACAAUUGACUCACGAAGAAGACUGCAAUCGCUAAUUGGUAUCGGCACUCUACUUAGUAUUGGAUUUGUAUUUUCUGCCAACCCGACCAAGAUAAGGUGGCGGCCCGUAAUUAGUGGUUUUACUUGCCAAGUACUUCUAGGACUGUUGUGCAUUCGAUGGGAAGUAGGACGAAACAUCUUCAAAUGUUUCGGCGAUAAGACGGCCAAAUUUUUGAACUUUAGCCUCGUAGGCAGUACGUUCGUCUACGGUGAAUUUCUGUCAGAAAAGGAGGGCGUAUUCGCAUUUGCGGUGCUUUCCGUCAUAUUUUUCGUUAGUUUCAUCAUUUCGAUUCUGUACUAUCUCGGAGCGAUGCAAUGGUUCGUGAUGAAGUUGGGCUGGCUGCUGCAAAAGCUGAUCGGAACAACGGUUUGCGAAAGUUUGACGUGUGCGGCUAACAUUUUUCUGGGAAUGAGUGAAUCUCCGCUGCUGAUCAAACCAUACAUUAAGUAUUUGACCCGCUCCGAAAUCCAUGUGAUAAUGUCGUCUGGAUUCGCAACGGUGUCCGGUUCAGUGUUGGCAGCAUACAUAAGCUACGGCGCCGAACCGGCUCACUUGGUUAUAUCAAGUGUAAUGGCUGCACCGGCUGCCCUCUGUUUUGCCAAAUUGUUCUAUCCGGAGACGGAAGAGAGCAAAACCGACGCCGACAACAUUCAAUUGGAGAAAUCAACCGAUUCGUCGAUUCUUGAUGCGGCAUCCAACGGAGCACAGGCUGCCAUUCCAUUGAUACUGGGCAUUUGUGCGAACAUCGUGGCUUUCGUGUCAUUCGUAGCCUUUCUGAAUGCGAUCGUCGGUUGGCUGUUUAUUCUCAUCGGCUAUGAUGGCAUCACAUUCGAAUGGAUUUUCAGCAAAUUGUUCAUACCCCUGGCAUGGAUCAUCGGCAUCGAAUGGGACGAUUGUGAGAAUGUUGCUAGACUGAUAGCAACGAAAACCAUAAUCAACGAAUUUGUCGCUUACGAACUACUGGGGAAAAUGAAAGUCGCCCAAGAGAUUUCGCUACGCAGUUCAGCAAUUGCCACGUUCGCCAUUUGUGGAUUUGCUAAUCCCAGUUCGCUGGGCAUUAUGAUCGGUUCGUUAAGCGCAAUGUGUCCGGAGAAACGGCCCGAUAUAACGUCAGUUGCACUGAGAGCAUUCAUUUCCGGCAGUGUAAUUUGUUUCAUCACGGCGAGUAUAGCCGGCCUGCUGAUGACAUCCGAAAAUUAUGAAGUUCACCGAAGCAUCAACGAAUCGAUGCACUUAAUGUGAGAUUUCGGAUUUGUAUUAUCGGCUGGAUUUUGCUGGAUUUUUGUAAUUUUGUAUCAUUUGGGCUUAAGUUGCCAUUCAAAAAUAAUUUAUUUUUGGUGUAUGUGUGCGUGUGUGUGUACAACACUCAGUGAUAACGAACCAUUUUAAUUUUCCCUUUUUUGUUGCCGUUGUGGACAAUAUUCCGUUAAUAAAAUUAGAUUAACAAACUGAAGUAUGAA